AUGGUGGGUGCAGCGGUUAUGGGCCUGUUCUGGCAACAACUGGCUGGAAUAGGCCACGACAUGGGCCACAGCGGUAUCACUCACAAAUUUCACUUGGACCACUCAGUUUGCUCCACACUCGUGUGCUUCAUGGGCAUCUCCGUGUGCUGGUGGAAGCGGAACCACAACACACACCACAUAGUCUGCAAUUCCAUCGAGCACGAUCCUGACAUUCAGCACAUGCCGGCGUUGGCUGUUACGCCAGAGAUCUUCAAGAAGCCGUUCUGGAGCACGUACUACAACGAGCUCAAAGCCAUGGACCGCAUCACCAAGUUCAUGGUCAGCUACGAGCAUCUCUUUUUCUACCCGAUCAUGAUGGUCGCAAGAUUCAAUCUAUAUGCACAGUCUCUCAUCCAGCUCUGCGCGAAGGAGCCCCUGCACUAUAGAAAGACGGAGCUGUGCGCCUUUGCCAUCUACUUCACCUGGAUAGGAAGCCUCGUCCUGUCCUUGCCGACCUGGUCCGAGACGUGGGGAUGGCUCCUUGUGAGCCAUGCUAUGUCCGGCUUGCUGCAUGUUCAGAUUUGCUGCUCGCACUUCUCCAUGGAAACGUACCACGGCCAUGCCUACAAUGACGCAGACGAUGAGUGGUACAUUACACAGCUUAAGACCACCAUGAACUUCGACACACCACCGGCGCUGGACUGGGUGCACAUCGGCCUCCAGUUUCAGAUUGAGCAUCAUCUUUUUCCCCGUCUUCCUCGUCACAACCUCCGCGAAGCCCGGACGCUUGUGAAGGAGGUGUGCAAGAAGCACAACAUUCGCUACCACGAGCCAGGUUUCUUCCAGGCAAACCUGGAGACUCUGCAGUGCCUGUGGCGCACGGCGAAGGCCGCGCGCAGCGCAAAGCGCGGAGACAGCGGCUUCUACGAGAGCUGCCUGUGGGACGGCCUAACGUUGAACGGCUGA